AUCUGAAGAGUAUGCAGAGGAAAUAAAGGAAAAGGCUAAAGCGGAUAAAAAUAAAUCAGGUGCAACCGGUAAGGACAAAUACUUAAUAAGUGGAAAAAAAUAGUUAAAAAAGCGAGGGCUACACCCGAGGCUACACCUAACAAAGCAAGUGUUUCACAGCCUGAAGAAGAAAAUAUAGAAAAUAAAGAUAAUACAGCUAAGUAGAAUUCAAAAUUAGUAACACCUGACCAGACAAUUGACAGCGACUCAAGUUCUGAUAAAGAGGAGAUUUACGAGAAAAUUAUAGAUAGCGACAGUGAUAUGGAUGUAGAUAUUUUUGAGCCUCAAUCCGAGGAUUACGUAGAGUUGCUAAGACCUGACGACAUACAAGUGGGGGACUUUUUAAUUGCAAAGUUUAAAGGGGGGCUGAGAAAUUCAGUCAACUACAAAUAUGUGGUGCAGGUAACACAAAUCGUAGAGAACGAUAUCGAAGUAAUGGGACUAAGGUCGGAUAUGGACAAAAAGACUUUUAAAAAGAAGGACAGUAACAUAUGCUUCGAUUCCGAAGAUAUUAUUGCAAAAUUACCUCCUCCCAACUGCAUUUUAUUUAGGAACAGAAAAAUUUAUGUUUGAUAAGUUAGUCCC